GAGAAAAACAAAAAGAAAACAAAAUUGAUUGAAUAAUGAAUACACCGAAUAACGAACGUUGCGUAGAGAAGAGAACCAAUUCCCAAUCAAACGGAGAAGACAGAUAUUAUUCACAGAGAGGCUCAUGGCUGAGGUAAACGGAGAUUUCCCCGUUCCUAGUUUCGCCGACGGGACCGGUUCUGUUUCCGCCGGACUUGACUUGCUCGUUGAGAGAUCGAUUCACGAAGCUAGGUCCACAGAGCCAGAUGCUUCAACUCAACUUACUAUUAUCUUUGGUGGGAGUUGUAGAGUCUUCAAUGGUGUCCCUGCACAAAAGGUUCAAGAAAUCAUUCGCAUCGCUUUUGCUGGUAAACAGACGAAGAAUGUGACCGGUAUCAAUCCAGCACUGAACAGAGCUCUUUCUUUCUCAACUGUAGCUGAUCUUCCAAUUGCUAGGAGACGUUCGCUUCAAAGAUUUCUCGAGAAGAGACGGGACAGGUCCACGAAGCCAGAUGGUUCAAUGAUCCUUCCAAGUCAACUAACCAUUAUUUUUGGUGGGAGUUUUAGCGUAUUUGAUGGUAUUCCAGCUGAAAAGGUUCAAGAAAUUCUGCAUAUCGCUGCUGCAGCUAAAGCCACUGAGACAAUUAAUUUGACCAGUAUAAAUCCAGCAUUAAAGAGAGCUAUUUCAUUCUCAAACGCAUCAACAGUAGCUUGCGUAUCGACAGCAGAUGUGCCAAUUGCUAGGAGACGUUCACUUCAAAGAUUUUUUGAGAAAAGACGGCAUCGAUUUGUCCACACGAAGCCUUACUCUGCUACGACUUCGGAAGCAGACAAAAAUGAAACCAGCCCCAUUGUGACAUGAGCUCCAAGACUGUAAGCUAACCUCAAACCUUACUUUCGAAGCAACUCAGUAUCACAGUUAUCUUUGACAAGAUUAACACAGCUCAUAUAUAAGCCUUCCGUUGUUGUACGAUAAUCAUCUGCCUAUGUUUCUUAGACAAAACACAAAAUUGUUUUCCAUGUUUGUGAUUUGAUGUGUUUAUCAUCUCGCACCUCCUCUUUGAGGAAGAUGAUUUCUUUUUCUUCACAAUGUAUGUUGAUGCUGUAUGAUAAGGUCUCAGAGCUAUAUAAGAACACAAGAGUACUCAAAAAUGACCAUGAAAGACUUAGUGUCCUUAUAAGCAAAUCACGACCAAGAAACAUACAGAGAAAUCAUCAAAUACUAACCGGAGAGAUUAGUAGGGA